GUCACAAAAUAUCAAAUUCCUCUCUAUUUAUUAAGAUAGAGCUCUAGGGUACUUCAAAAGUUCUGGCUUCCUUGCUUUCAUAACAAAUGCCCUCGAAACCUGUUCCUUUUUACCUACAGUUUCUCGGUUUCUUGUCAAUCUGUGGCGUCUAGUAGGGGGUACCAUGACUCCGUAUUCUGCAAGCUACAAGCGUACUCUAGGUAGCCGUCCGCGAAUCCCGCACGUAACUUCAGCUUUCAGCCUCCCUCCAAGUUCUCGAAGGGCAAGCAAAGACUUCUCGAGUAUCCCUUCUCCCUCUCUCAAACUUCAAUUCAAGCGUCGAACAUCACGUUAACAUGUUGAUAUCCUCAGUGCUCUUCCUCUUCAUCACAUCGGUAGCUCUCGCGGAGUCAUUGAUCACACAGCCUAUUCUAUUCCAAUCGUCGCUCGCACGUCCGACCACAAGCUCGACUGUAAACACACUGGUACCAUCUCCAACAUCAAAGUCACCCUACCUGCUGCCUAUUCGCGCUACGCCGCCUGACCCGCUAGGCAUAGCCCAGGUUAGCGGCUUCUACGGACCCGGCGCAUGGGCAGCCUUUAUCCUAUGGAUCUCAGGCUCCUGGUAUCGCCUCUUCGAGGAUCAAAAAGCCCCCGGCGAACGCCAAAAAAUUGAUGCCAAUGCAUGCGCAUUUCUGCUUGCAACCAACUGCGCUGCCAUUGACGUCCUGCGCCGCGUCCCAUCUUGGUUGGAAUCAUUGCAAGUUGAUUCCGGAAUUGCAGAUCGAGAGAAAGAGAUGGGAAGCUUUGGAGCGGCCAUCACAAUCGUCUGGGUUGGAAUGGUGAAUUCAUGGGUCCAAAGCUCGAUUCGGUGGAUAGAGCUUAACGAGGACCAUAAGUCGUUCAGAAUGUUGACUCUUAUCAUUGGCCAGAUCUUACCGUCAUCGGCCCUGGCAACGGUGUCCUUAGCCUCAUGGGCCAUAUCUGGAGAUCUCGAUAGAAUACCGGCAUUAUACUUCGAAGGAUCGGGCGAGGCGCUGCAUUGGGUAUUCUUUCAAAGUGCUCUCUCGCCUGGUGUGAUGUCGGUCAUCGCAUACUGGCUCUGCGUCAUCUACUUCUUGUGUACAUGGAACUUCAGACUGGAACCGUUUAAUCUAUUCAUCAGAAUAUGUUCUGUAACCGUCAUAAUCCUCAUCCCUCAAUUACUCUUCUUCCUUGUGACAAGAGCUCAAUCAGUAUCUUAUCUCUAUAUUUGUUUCUUUCCCGUUUUUGUCCUUAUGUCCACUUUCUUUUUAUAUUUUGUGUUAUGCUUUAUCUUCCCCUUGUACGCUUUGGUGACAUUUCGGAGCAUCAUCUUUACGCGCGGUCGGACGUACAAUGAGGCUUGUUUCUUUAUGCCUUGUGCUCCGCAGUCUUUAUUAGAGAUGGACCAAGCAUUCGCACUUAUCUCCGGAAUUGUCUUGCUUUUAUUGACCGAAAUUGCGCCUUUGGUAUUGGAAAAACGACGCGAACGACGCAAGUUCGAAGAAGAAGUCAGGAAUGAGAGAAUAGACUCUAGCGUUGAGUUGACGCACACCGGUCGUGCGGAGGUGGAGAAUCUUAGUCGAAGGACCAAUUCCGGAAUAAGCAGACAGGUAGUUUGAAUUACAAUCACUUUGUAGAGACCGGAUGGCGAGAUCAAGUCGAACUCCUCCACGUAGAAAUUCGAACGCAAGUACAGUAGUUCCACCUAGCGGCCACCGUUUUCCUCUUCCCAGAGCGCGAUCCACACCAGCUCCCUUCUUAGCACCACUACUAUUCAUAUCCUCCCUAAUAUCAACCUCGUCCUUAUCACCUCUGAACCUGCCCUGUUACUCCAACGCAGCCUCUCAUAAUCCAUCACCCAUCGCCUAUUGCAUCUCUUGAUUCCAGAGCUACCCAUCCCCCUCAUAAUCCAUCCAACCGCACCCAGCCGCACCACUCCCCAAGACCAUCAUCGUAGCCAAAAAAGGCAAAAAGGAAACCA